UGGUCCAGCCUCCCCUUCUGCCCCGUCCCCGGGCACUUUCCCUCCGGCACACGGCGCUGGCACGAAGGAGCCGCGGCCGAGUCUCCUGCAACCUGCCCCGUCCCGGCGGCUUCGGCGAGCCUUAGCCACGGCUUGCAGGCCGAGGGCGACGGGACCAUUACUUUGCCUAAGAGCCCGUCUCCAUCUCUAAGGUCCGAAAAAGGAAUAGACCUUCCCGCCCUCCUGCCCACCCUUCUCACACAUACAGCCCUUCCCCCCUCUGCAAAUCCGAUCCCCUCCUUUCCUUGUCCAGAUAACUGAUUCCAAGGGCGCGAUGCCCAACGAGUCCUCCUCUUUCAACAAGGCGUCGACUCCCUCGGAGCCUAACGGCCAAGGGGGUAAGAUGGGCCCUUUUGGAAAGUCCGCUGGCCUGGUAGCUGCAGGGGCGGGAAACCACGCCAGUGGGGCCUUAGCCCAAAGCCCGGCUGCGGCGGCUGCUGGGGCCGCCCCCGCCGCCACGUCGGGGAAAAAGUCUCCUAGGCUCCCGAAGUGCGCGAGGUGCAGGAAUCAUGGCUAUUCGUCACCCCUGAAAGGGCACAAGCGGUUCUGCAUGUGGAGAGAUUGCCAGUGCAAAAAAUGCAGCUUGAUCGCGGAAAGGCAGCGGGUGAUGGCAGCCCAGGUUGCACUGAGAAGGCAGCAAGCUCAAGAAGAAGAGUUGGGCAUCAGCCACCCCAUCCCCUUGCCAGAAAUGUAUGUGAAGAAAGAGAGCAAUGCCAGCGGCACCUGCCUUGUGUUGGAAAGUGGCAGCCCUCCACCGUCUACUUCCUCGGCAACUGCAGGCUCAUCUGCAACAACAGAGGGACGGAUGUUGAUCCCGGACAUUCCUUCCCUGUCCAGCAGAGGGCAUCUGGAGAGCACAUCUGAUUUAGUCGUGGACUCCACCUACUACAGCAGCUUUUACCAGCCAUCGUUGUAUCCUUACUACAAUAACCUCUACAACUACUCUCAGUACCAGAUGGCUGUGGCCAGUGAAACCACCUCUGGAGAGAUGGGGAGCCCACUGGUAGGAUCUUCAGUUAAAAACAGCCUGCGAAGCCUCCCAGCAACCUAUAUGUCAAGCCAGUCAGGAAACCAGUGGCAGGUGAAGAGCCCAGACAACCGCCAUGGCGUGAGUUCCCAGUACCGGAUGCAUUCUUACUAUCCUUCCACCCCUUAUUUGGGCCAGAAUGUUGGGGCUCCUGCCUGUGUCCCCCAGAUUUUCACUUUUGAAGAGAGUCCCCCGUACUCUGAAGCAAAAGCAAAUGUGUUUUCACCACCCAGUAGCCAGGAUUCUGGCCUGAUUUCCCUUUCCAGCAGUUCUCCUAUCAGUACUGAAAGCGCCAAAACUGUCCUGGAGUGCGAGUCGACCUCUGAUUCUGGCACCUUCCCUGUUCAUUCUGUCAUGGAAGAUGGUGAAUAAAGAACGUUAAGGGAAGUCCUGAUGGCUGCCUUAAAGAAGUGCCUUCUUGUUAAGUUGUGUUUGUCUGCUUUGCCAUAACUGAUGCUGAAGUAACUGUUUAGAGAAUGUUGGUUAUCCCUUAAGGUUUGUUCAGCAUAACGUGACUUGCCCGUACUUAGUUAAAGGACAAGAGCAGGAGAGACGGCUGAAACUAUUUGAAGUGCUUCUCCUCUAAAGGCUACCCUAUGAGAACAAUUGGGCACAAUCUUAAUAUAAACAUCUCCAUUUUGUGAAUGGGCCUAAAAUGUUGGCUUUUGGGUAGCACAGAAAUAGAGUUAAAUAAAUUCAUACAUUGCAAAUAAAAUGUAAUUAAAUUUGCAUGGAUGACUAAGAGGCUUAGAUUUGCUAAUAAAACAGCACAAACAGGUUUACUACUUUUAACGGCAUUUAAAACUGUAACAAUUUUAAGACGUUUUUGGCAUGAUUAACAUUUUAGAAAUUGGAUUGAAGAAUUAUAACAUAUUGCAGCAAAGGACCAUUGUUCAUGGGUUUUGUCCUUUGAACUUCUACUAUAGACCAAAGAAACUAAUGAGAUGUACCUUGGUUUUACAUAAACUCUGCUGCCUUUUGCAUUCUCAUAGCCUGCAAACAUAUGGAAAUAUUUCAGCAAGAAUUAUAUUUUAAAAUUAGUUGUGAUGGUUUCCCUUUGGAGUUGUUUUGUUUUUUUAUGUCAGAUACUAGAUUUUGAUCAGCUAUGUCUGUUUUUGACUGCCAGUAUAAAAUUAACAUAAACUUUGUGCAUACAAAUUACUGUAUUUGGUACAAUCUCAACUUCAAGUAAAGGGUGCCUUUUCCAGCAUAUUUGUUAAAAAUUGCUUAGCGUGUCUUUUCCCUAGGGUUACAGAAACCAACCUGAAAUGAAACUAGCUGUUAAAGAAUUCAUUGUUCUCUGUAGUUGCAGUGGUACCUGAAAUAAAAAUGUUAUUGAUGACCAAAUUUUCUUGUGUGUAUAGUUGGCGAGCUGUAUUAAACAGGAAAAAAAGAAAUUA